GUGAGGGUGAGUGGAGCGGCCAUGGAGGGCGACUGCCUCAGAUGUACGAGAUACGUCAUGUUCAUCUUUAACUUGUUCAUAUUUGUGGGGGGGUCCUUCCUGCUGGGUUUGGGGGCGUGGGUGCUUCUGGACCCGCCGGGCUUCAGGGAGGUGGUGACCUCUAACCCGCUGCUGUUCAUGUGUUCGUACGCGCUGCUGCCGCUGGGGGCGGUGUUCUUCCUGUUGGGCUUCCUGGGCUGCUGCGGAGCCAUCCGAGAGAACAAGUGUCUGCUGCUCGUCUUCCUCACGCUCAUCCUCUUCAUCUUCCUUGCUGAGCUUGCCGCGGCCAUCUUGGCUUUCCUCUUCCGGGAACAUUUGACCAGAGAGUAUUUCACCCAGGAGCUGAAACGGCACUAUCAAGGCCACAACGACACAGACAUCUUCACCUUCACGUGGAACGCCAUCAUGACCAUAUUUGACUGCUGUGGCGUCUCCGGCCCGGAGGACUUUGAGCAGAGCCUCUUCAGGCUCCUCAGUCCCCAUAAAACGGUACCCGAGGCCUGCUGCCGGAGGAGAGGUUACCACGGCGACAUGGAGUACAUCAACAUGGAGGAGUGUGUUAGCGGCACCGCUGCCUUCAGACACAACGAGGGUUGUUACUCAGCCAUGCUGGACUUCUUGCAGACCUACAUUUACACGGCAGGGGCCCUGGCCGUCGUGGUGCUUACCACCGAACUCUUCGCCAUGGUGUCCGCUAUGUGUUUGUUCCGGGGGAUGCAGUAACCUCCACAAACCUCCCCACAGCCACCCUGAGCUACGCAGCGCGACACCAGAGUGCAGAAGGAGAAAACAGAACCCCUCUGAGCUACGAGAGUAUUUGUACUGUUGUGUCGGCGGACACGUGGUGUCAGUCGGUCCUCGGCUCGGUUCGUCUGAGAGGGGACGGAACUGACGUGAAUUUGUGAAGCGACUGACAUCUCAGGGACAUCUUGAAGGGUUUCGGUGAAACAGCAGUUCGGCAUCAAAUGAAGUCAGCGCCCAG